AUGCAGAACAGGGCGAGAGGUCAAUUUUCCUCAGAGAGAGCUCAGAGAGCCUCUGAGCGCAGCAGUGCAGAGAACCCAGAUGGUGUUAGUGGAUUUCAUUCACUCAGCACAGUAGUACAGGGUUCUGAAGUGAGUGGAGUCCGACAUAUUAUCCCCGUAAUCUAUGGGGUAUGCCAUUUUCACCUCGUAUAUCAAAAAACGGGAAAGAGUUCCAAUGUUGCAUAA